GGAAGUGCCGCCGUCCCCACCGGAAGUCGCCUCACGGCCUCAAUGGCCGCCAUGCGCGCCGUGUAUCUGCUGCGCUCCGCCGCCCCUCAGGGCCGCGCCCGCGGCCGCACCUACGUGGGGUUCACGGUGGAUCCGCGGCGGCGGCUCCGGCAGCACAACGGCGGCAGGAGGAGGGGGGGAGCCCGCAGGACCAGCGGAAGAGGGCCCUGGGAAAUGGAAGUUUUCGUGCACGGCUUCCCCUCCGACGUCGCCGCCCUCAGGUUCGAGUGGGCGUGGCAACACCCCAACUCCUCCCGCCGGCUCCUGGCCCCGCCCCCUCGGCGCCCCCGGGAGCAGCCAAUCAGCUUCGCCCUCCGGCUCUUGCCCCGCCUCCUCCGGGCCCCGCCCUGGUCCCGCCUCCCCCUGCGCGUGCGUUGGCUCCGCCCACCCGGCCCGGAAGUGGAGCUGGCCCCGCCCCCUCACGUGGUGGAGGAGAAAGGGGCGGGGCUGCCGCGCCUUAAAAGGAAAAAAGGGCGGGGUUUGGAGGCGGUGGGGGAGGGGAGGGGGUGUGGCUUGUGUGAGGAGGCCCAGGCCACGCCCCUCCUGCGCUGUCCCCGCCCCCAGUGCUCCAUGGCCGCCCAUCCCCCCUGCCUGGCCCGGCUCUUCCUGGCCCCGGAGCCGCAGCAGCUGCUGCCGGUCACGGGCACCUGUCCCAGCUGCCACACCCCCCUCCUUUGGGGUGAUCUGAUUCGUCGCUGCCUGGGGGAGGCGGAGCCGGAAGAGGAGUGGGCGGAGCCCGAUGACGUCAUCAUCUCCAGCUCCGCCCCCACGUGAGGCCACGCCCACAAAAUGAGUUUUUAUAAUUUUAAUUAAUUUAUUUGUAAUAAAACUAAUUUAUUUGCAAUA